GUCGCUAAACUGCGCCGGUACCAGUUUUGGAUGCAUCGAAGCACAACAUCGAUAUUUUCGAUGAAUCGUUGUUUUUCCGGCAUAUCUAUAAAAAUAUUUUGGUUGUAGAGGUGUCGGUGAAAUGUUGCCGAAAGAGUAUCUUGACAGCUGGAACGAAUUAUGUCCAGAGUGCACAAUGGUUGAGACUGAUUUGGGAAAUCCUUCGGAUACAUGGCUUACUAAAAUCCUUAUAAGCUAUUUAAGAAUGUUUGGAUAUAGAGUUGAAAUACCGUACGCCGAAGAUGGUACUCGGGAAAGGCGGCUUUAUUUAAUAAAAUUAGUUCGCCAGAUUGAUCACAUAUAUAAAAUAACUGACAAGACAUUUAUAUUUACAUAUUAUGAUUUACUGAAGCCAACUAUUAAAAAAACGUCGCAUAUGUUGAGAAUUCUCUUGAACUAUCUAUAUUACUUCAAUAUGUUUAAAACAAACGUUUUCAAGAUGGCUGCGAACCGAUUGAAAGAACGCCAAGAUUUGAUGGAGGAAGUAAAAUGCACUAUUGCAGAGAAUGAGAAACGCCGUAUUAAAGCAGAAAAGAUACAUGAAGAGGUGACCUACUUUUCCAAACAAGUUCCACUACAAAAAAACGAGCUAAAAUCCCUUAACUCCCAAAUAAAACAUCGGAUGGGGCAAUCACAACAGAUGGAGGAUGCUAUAAAAGACCUAAAAUUAAAAAUAGACGAACUUAAAGGGCAAAUACGAAUUUUAAGAAGGCUAAUUGUGCCCGAAGAGCAGGGACAAGAAUUGCAAACGCAGCUAACUAAACUACAUGAGUAUAUUUCCGAAAGCGAACAACAAACUCGAAACGCUGAAAGCAAUUUGAAGACGCAUAUUGUGGACAAUAAUAAAUUACUGGAGCUUUUAAAAUCUGUUGAAUUCGCCGCAGAAGUACUAUCAUCAGAUUUUGUAGAGAGUUUCAAGGAAACUACUAAGAAACUUAUAAGAACUGAAACCAAGGCUGCAAAUUAUGAAAAAGAAAAGUAUAAAAAAUCGCAAAAGGUUAUUCGACAACAAAAAGCUGUUGAAACCUUGAAGGAGAAGAUUAAACUCGAACACGCUCAAUAUAAUGAGGAAAAACGAGACCGACAUAAAAAAAUAAUGUAUAAGACCAAAGAAAUAGAGGUUUUAGGAAAGCAAGCUGAUACCCUAAAAGUCGAGAUACUUGCCGCAGGAAGUGCUAUAAAUGAUCAGCAAGAAAUCCAUUCCUACAUUCAAAAACAAAUCGCAACAUUGAUGGAUCCGUACAAGUGAUAUAUACAUAUGGAUGUUUCCACCAAAAUAAGGCAAAACGGUGGAGAGAACUAAAAAAAUAAAAAAAUAAAGUUAAUUGUAUAUGUAUUAUUAGUAAAAAUAUUGUAUGAGGGAGAAUAUGACACGCCCGUUAUCACAAUUUACUUCAAAAUAAAACCAACAACGAAUUCCUUUUGAUUAAAUA